UCUAAAAAGAACGGACCUCAGUAUUUAAAACCGUGGAAAGAUGGAGUUUGCCGGUGAAGCGCGGCAAAUAAUUGAUAGCAUAACCUCAAUUAUUGUUUACUAUUUAUCACAAUGUUGUCUAUGCUUGUCAGUUUUAAUAAUACAUUUGCUUUUGAUAUCAUUGAAUGCCUUUUGUGUCAAAGACUUUAUACGCGUGACAGCGAUAAUUUUUUGUUACAAAUAUUUAUCAUAAAUAAAUAAACAAAUUGAAAGGACCAAAAUAAAUGAAAUCUAUUUUGUCAGUGUAAAACGUGACAGAACAUGACAUGUAUAUAUGUGUACAUGGUUUUCAUAACUACAUCGAAAUUAACGAUUUGAUAACAGAAAAUCCAGCCUGACUGGAAAUUCAUCGACGAUAUUAUACAUAUAUGUACCAUAUGCUGAAUAAGAUUAAGAUAGAUUUUUACAAAGAUGUUAUAAAAUUAAAAGAAAUUUAUAUGCUGACAAGAUCAAAAAGAAGACGAUGGAAGAUAAUAAUAUAGAGCAGGGAUUUAAAAGAGGAUUGGAAGCAGAUAAGAUCGUUGGUUCAGCAGGAAAUGGAAAACUGAUGUACUUGAUACAAUGGAAAGGAACAGAUGCAGUCGACAUGGUAUCUGCCAAUGAAGCCAAUACUAAAUGUCCUCAGAUUGUUAUCCGAUUUUAUGAAGACAGAAUGAUCUGGAAUAAGACAAAAAUAAAAGCAUGAAUAAAUACAUGAAUUUUCUUGAAAUGGAAGGCUGGAUCUCUAUAUAUUUCAAGAAGAUUAACUUUUAUUGUGAUCUCUUGAUGCGGUUCAAAUCUUAUUACAAAUGCUUUAAAGCACUUUACUAAUUAGCUAAUC